GUAACACGGUACUAGUUCAAAUGCAAUUUAAUUUUUCUCGUCCAGUCCAUCACAUCCAUUACCCGCUCUUUCAUGGAUUCUCUACAACACAACAGAAGCUCUCUCUCUUCCUUGCACCCUUUCAUUCAUUCAAUUCCCUCCCAGACAGGCUCCAAUCAGAAAUCGAAUCAAAGUCCUCCACAUCAAUGGCUCGUCGAUUCACACCCAUCCUCAAACAACUGCGCACUCGAUCACCAUCACGAUCCGUAACGUACAUGCCCCGACCCGGAGAUGGCGCUCCGAGAGAGGUCACUCUAAUUUCGGGCGACGGAAUCGGACCUCUGGUCACCGGCGCCGUCGAGCAGGUCAUGGAGGCAAUGCACGCGCCGGUGUACUUCGAUCGCUACCAAGUCCGAGGCGACAUGAAGAGCGCUCCUCCGGAGGUGAUCGAAUCGAUCCGCAAGAACAAGGUGUGCUUGAAGGGAGGGCUUAGGACUCCCGUAGGCGGUGGUGUGAAUUCGCUGAACGUUCAGCUGAGGAAGGAGCUCGAUCUCUACGCUUCCCUUGUCCAUUGCUUCAAUUUGGAGGGUUUGCAGACCAAGCAUGAGAAUGUUGAUAUUGUUGUGAUUAGGGAGAACACGGAGGGCGAAUAUUCGGGACUCGAGCACGGGGUCGUUCCUGGCGUCGUGGAAAGCCUUAAGGUAAUGACAAAGUUUUGCUCCGAACGUAUUGCAAGAUAUGCCUUUGAGUAUGCUUACCUCAACAACAGAAAGCAAGUGACAGCUGUGCAUAAAGCCAACAUUAUGAAACUUGCUGAUGGUAUAUUUUUAGAAUCCUGCCAAGAGGUCGCGAGCCUGUAUCCCAGUAUCAAGUACAAUGAGAUAAUUGUAGACAACUGCUGCAUGCAACUUGUUUCGAAGCCCGAGCAAUUUGAUGUUAUGGUUACUCCUAAUCUUUAUGGCAAUCUCGUGGCAAAUACAGCAGCUGGUAUUGCUGGAGGCACUGGUGUAAUGCCAGGAGGUAACGUUGGGGCUGAUCAUGCUAUUUUUGAGCAAGGUGCUUCGGCAGGAAAUGUGGGAAAUGACAAGUUGGUGGAGAAAAAGAAGGCAAACCCAGUUGCUCUACUUCUCUCAUCAGCCAUGAUGUUGAGACAUCUUCAGUUUCCUUCGUUUGCAGAUCGCUUGGAGAUUGCCAUGAAGCAUGUAAUCUCACAGGGCAAGUAUCGGACAAAAGAUCUCGGUGGAAGCAGCACCACCCAAGAGGUAGUAGAUGCUGUUAUCGCAAAUCUAGUCUGAACCCAAAGAAUCACUUCCAAAUUCUUCCCCGUUAUUAUAUGAAACUGUUUCCCUUGCUGGGGAUUUAUUUAUAAUUAUACCCAAGGCGUUCUUGUAAUGAUCUCAUUUUCUUCCAUUUUUCAUUUUUCUGAGCUGGAGCAGUUCAGAGAAUGGGCACAAAAUAUUUGUCACGUGUACUCCUUGUGAUCCGAAUUAACUCGUUCUUCCUACAAAAUAUUGUUCUGAAUAAUCGGAAUUUCUUGUUCUGAAUAUUCUUCCUGCAAAAUAUUAUUCGGAUAUUGUUCUGAAUAAUCCGAAUUUAAUCGUAUUGAGUCAGGAAAUACUUCAAUAA